GACGAGGACAAGCUGCUCUUCACCAGAGCGACGAAGCGCUUUUCUCUCGCGGCGAACGUCCCUGGGAUGAAAAGAAAAGCACGGUUGCUGGUUCAACUGCAUGCGGCGUUUUGAUUUUUUUUUUCCAGAAGAAGAAGAUUUCCCUCCCCUUUCUCUUUCUUCCUUUUCCGCCUCUCAAACAACGCCACCUCUCCUUUUCUGCCUUGCUUCUCUCUGCGCCCGGGCUCCUCUCUGCGUUCUCUCGGAAGCCGACGCGCAUGCAAGCCAGGGGCAACGUCCCCGAAAUCAUCCAGAGGCAAUUGCGUAGCGAACCGUUUGAUGCGCAAGUGUCUGCAGCUGUCUGUCUGUGGUCGCUCUGAGUUCUGCCUGUCAGUUCGUCCUUUUUCUCCUUUCCUCUGUCCUUCGUCUCGUGGACCCAUGCGUUUUCUUCAGCGGAGAACAGCAUUCGCACCCGCGACCCCUGCCGCUGUAACGCUUCAGCAGUUUUUCACAAAAAAAUAGGAACCGUUUCUUUCGUCUGUGGAGAGUGCGGCAAAAGUGCAACUGAGGAGUUUCUGCCUCAGGUUUAAAGAGCUCCCGAUCUCGGCUCCUUCUCCUCUGUUUCUGUCCGUUCCUUCCUCUCUUCGUCUUCCCCUCCCCCUCCACCCUCCUUCUCUCUACUGUCUUGGUCCUUCUGUUCAGUCCUUCUCUCCUGCCGUCUACGAUUCAGCUCCUCAAAGAGACGCUCUUCCUCUCGCUUUCUCGUCGGUCUCUGCUCUCGGUCUUCUCUUUCAAGCGGAGAUCAACCCCCCCAAGCUCUCUGUCUCUUCCUCUCCUUUUCUCCCCAAUCGGGUGGCUCUAUCUUUCCUCCGCGUCUCGCAUCUCCCGCGCUCUCCCCUCGGCUGUCCCUGCACCGCGCGUGGACAGAAGACAUCACUCAAAGGUCGAGCGUGUACCAGCACCGAGGCCGAGGCCUCUCCUCCCCGGAUGCCAGCGGACUGGAGGUGGGGUGCUCGACAACGAAAGGUCUCUGCCGCCACAAAACUCAGUGAAACGCGUUUCGCUUGCUCGGGAGCCACGAUGCCUCCUUUCUCCGAAGUCGACGAGACCGAGUCCUCCUCUGGAGAGGAGGACAGCGACGUUGGGUCUGUCGACUCGGAGGUCGACGGCGAGGCGGAAGCCCCUCUCGAUGAGCACAAGCUCAAACAAGGCAGUGCGCUGAUCGAGGGCGGUGGACGCCAGAAGCGGUGCGCGGGGUGGCGGCUCGAGUUGAACGCGAAGUUGGCGUCUGAGGCAGAGCGUCUGACGGCGAAGGAACAGAAGCAUGCGAAGGCCGGAGCUGGGGGCUUUCAGCUAACUGCGCCCGAACAGUCGACAGAGCACCAGCGAAAGAAGGCGCAGAAAGUGCAGAGACAGCAGAGCAUCGUCUCGGAUCUCCUCGCACUCCGCAUUCGCUUGAACGGCGCGCUGCGCGAGACGAAUCGCCUCCCGAAUGCCCACAUGUUUACAGCUUUGAUGGGGGAGAAAUGUUUCGAGUCCGAGAAAGUGGGCAUCACGGCAGAAACUUCCUCUCUCGCCGAGUCGCUCAAGGGACUCCGCGACGAAGCCGCAGGCCUCCUCACCGACUUGCUCUCUCUCCAACGGGCGCUGUUUGAGCAGAGCGGCCUCAAACUCGACGCCCAAGACGAGGAGGACGCCCAAGACGAGGAGGACGCCGAGGACUCGAGUGUCUGUACACCUGAGAACGGCGGAGGCCACGAGACCGAGUCUUGGGGGACGCGCCGCGAGAGAUGGCUAGCGGCGCAGGGCGCUUCGGACUCAGCGCGCGCGAGCAGAGGCGAGAAGAGGAAACGGGCAGAUGAAGAGGAGGCCGUGACCGAAGACGAGAACUCUGGCCGCGAAGCGAGUGUGUGGGCAGAGAGGGUCGAUGCGUUGUGGAGGAGAAAAAGUCGACGCCUCUGUCUCGAAAAUGCAGACGCUUGGCACACCACAGUGGAUCCGCGCUCGCAGGCCUUCAAGGCUCUGAGUCAGCCGCCUUCUCAACAGCUGCAGCAUGCAAUGUCAACCCAGUUUUCUCGGCUUCUCGCUCGCGCGCUGCGUGGCGCUCACGUUCCUCCCCCGUCGUCUCCAGGCAACAAGGCGCAUGCAAGCGACGAGGGAUGUACUCCCUGCCAUGUGGUGGGUUGUACGACUCUCCAGAGGCUUCGGGCGCUCGGAGAAGACGUGGACCAGGAAGAGGAGAAAGCCGAUGGUGAAGAAGCUUCCUUCACAGACAUCCUUAAACACGACUUCUACGACGACGGAGAUUUCUACGUCGAACUGCUAAAACACGUUAUUCAACAAGGCGGAGCUCUAGACUCUUCAGACUCACUCGACCGGGAGAAGAACCUGUUGAAACUUCGGAAUAAAUUGAAUCGCGGGCGAAAAACCGUGGACCGCCGGGCGUCAAAAGGCAGAAAAAUUCGAUACCAGCCCAUCGAGAAACUUCAGAAUCUGAUGACUGCGACUCCGUGGCAACCGAACCUUGACGCACUUCCCGGCGCGGGCGACGAAGCCAUGGUGGACCGUCUCAUGCGGCAGUUGUUUGCCAACGACUAACGGAUUUUGAUUCGAGCAAGAUUUCAGACGGGGCAGCAGGAGGUCGCAAGUCAGGAGUGGAAGAAUUGUUUCCUCAGAGCUGGGCGCAGGUGUCCUCUUUCAGCUGUUUCACAGGGGAAAGCAAACUACCCGGCCGGUCACUUUUAUCUGAUCAAAGGACGGUUUUUUCGUGGAGAGUAGUGGUGGGCGGCGUGUUUUGCGUAGAGCUGCGCAGUUCUCUGGUGGACGCUCUUCUCACGACACAAGGACAAGCACAGGCAUUCAGGUGGUGUGGUGAGAGCUGGGAAUAUGUUCCUACGAAAACGAGUUGUGUACCAGUAACACAACGGUCGGGUGGUCUCAGGAUGUCCCCCUGAACAUCCAUACAGGUGUACAGAGUCUCUUCCGGGUUUCGUCUUUUUCGGCAAACGAAACUCAGAUUUCAUGGUGUUCAGCCUUUGGAUCUUGCCGUGCGCUCUGUGGUGGGAAACUUCCGGGAAAACGAAUCACAAAUUUCCCAUUCUCGCUCACAUCGGCUUUCCACCUCACUGUCGGAC